UCAUCCUUUCUCUACCUAAAAAGAAAAUUUUCACUUCUAAUUUCGAUCAGAAAAAGUUCCAGGAUAACCAUCCAUGGAUUCAGUAGAGUCGAUGUUCUCUCAACUUAAACUCCAUGCUGAAUCUGCUUGUACUAUUGUUGUUGCUUACCUUGGCAGGAUUGGAGUGGCUCUAGCCACCGAUGGGCGUACUGCUGGUGAUGGUGUUUUCCCCAUAGCUGCUGGCAUUACAAAAUUAGCAGAUCCUUGCCCUUUGCCAUCUGCUUCCAAAAUGAAAGGAUUGAGCGAAAAUGCUGGUUAUACGCAGGUUGAACUUGCUCGAACGCAGCAGACCUACAGACAACGACGUGCUAUGGUCUUUCCUAAGGGGAGGCCGAGAACUAUUAGGCAGUUACAUAAAGUCUGUAAGCAUGAUCCGUGCCCAGAGAUUGUAAAAUAUGGGACGACUAUAUUUACAAUCAACUGUGGUAUUGAAGGAGGUAUCUACGUAGUCGUUGAUGGCUUGGGACACACACCAAGAAGACAUGAUGGCGAGGAGGAGCUCGAAGUACAUGUUGAAGAAGCACAUGAAAUGGAUGGUGAUGAUUCAGAGGAUGGGGAUGAUACAGAUGACAUAUGUGGUUGGAAAGAACAGAAGGCAUACUACCUUGGAAACAAUUACAUGGUUGCUGCAGUUGCGGGUAGUAAUACAUGGUUCAAACCUAUCAUCCAAAAUCGGACAAGAAGGAUGAGGGGGAAUAAGAAGUUAAACCCUGAGCAGUGCGCAAAAUUCACCGAUAACUACCUCAACAACAAGAAAAACAAGCCCAAUCUACACAAGUACUCAAUGACACUUGAAGAGUUAAGGGAAGCUAAUCAGAUGAAAUGUGAAAUCAUUUAUGGGGCUUUCAUCCAUCACAAGGGAGACUUGGUUCCAAGUGUGUUUGUCGGAAACGAAACAGAAGUCUUAGAAGUUGUUCAUCAUCAACGUACUGGGAGGACACGUUGGAAGCCUUCAUUUUUUGCUGGUGGAAGCGGGGCAAAGUUUGCAGACCAGGUUCUCAGAUAUUACGCAGAUCAAAUUGCAAGUGACAGUCUUACUUCGGAGGAGAUAAGGAUGAUUUGUUUUGAAGCCAUGGAACAGGCUUACUUGCAAGAUCCUGGGACAGGAGGGAUGUUUACAGUUUAUCAUAUCCAGUAUGAUACUAUCAGCGAGUAUUGCGUAGACUGUACACGUGUUCGAGCAGUAAUCGAGAAUUUUAACAAAAAGAAACAUCAACAAAAGAGACGAAAGGUAAAGCAGGUAGAAAAGAGGCAAGCAUGGCAACAAGCCAGAGCCCGUCGUUUUCGCAAAAAGAGAAAAAAUUAGUCAAGGUCAAUGCUAGUAUGUUGUGGCUAAUCGUCUUCGUGAUUUGUACAAAGAUGGCAUUGGCAUGAUAGUAAUUAGAGAAAUUGGAGUUGAUUGGUAACAAUACACAUUACACUGGUCUUUUGCGUCUGUUAUCUUUGGGAGCAUUUUGAUCCGGACGUUGAAUGGUGGGAUUUGUUUUUCAUUUCAACAUUCCUUCAUUUAGAUUUUCAGCACUUACAAUGAUCUCUGUAGGAAGCAACAUAUUCCUAAGAGGAACAUGCUGCUAGCUUGUUAGAAGUUGUGAAAAAAAGACACCAGAUAGUUUUCUUUUGUUGUGAUCCUCAUUAGAGAGUAAAAAACAAUGAUCG